AUGUCCUCUGCGGAAACGGCCUCGCAAAAUACGUCUCCGCCAUCAUCUACAGGCUUACUUCCCGCGCCUCCGGACGCGGCCACAAAGAACCUAGAGGUGGGGUCUGGUCAGAAAGUUCUUCUUGACGAAUUAGGUCCCAUGGUUGUCAAUUCCAACGGUACUCUAUCUCGAAUUGCUAGUAAGUCUACCGAUUCAAGUGAUCUACGAGAUACUACCACUUCAUCUACCCACUGGUCAACCAUGACAGAAGCUGAACAGAAGCGGACCUUGAGAGUUCUUGGGAGUAGAAACCAACUUCGUCUCGCUGCGAAGUCUGAUGCAGAUGCUACCCAUAUUCUAGAGGCUUAG